AUGAUAUCGAUGAGGAGAACGAGCACGAAACGAUUGCAUCGACUACCCUCGAAGCCGGGCGAGAUUUUACAAGAAGGACAAUCGUGUCCGAAUAGUCCAGCUGUUAAAAAGACCUACCGCCUCGUGGUCGUUGGAUCGCCGCGAUGCGGGAAAACGGCGGUGGUCGACCGUUUUCUUGAUCGAGAAUUCCAAGAAAGAUACAUACCGACAAUCGAAAACUUUCAUCGAAAAUUAUACAAAAUUCGCGGAGAAGUCUAUCAAUUGGAUGUUGUCGAUUGCUCGGGCAAUGAUCCAUUUCCAGCGGCCAGGAAACUUUGUUAUCUAUCAGGUGAUAUGUUCUUGAUAGUCUCUUCGGUGGACGCAGCGCACUCGGUCGAGGCGAUGACCGAUUUCGCGCAACAGAUCACCGAUUGUAAAACCUCUCGAAAUGAGAUGCCUGCCAAAGUGCCGAUGGUUUUUCUCCUCAACAAAUCCGAUCUACCGGAUUCCCGGUGGCAAGUCUCACCCGGAGAAGCGGAGGCUCGUUUAUCGCAAGCGGAUCUCUCCACAGAACAACUCGUUCAAUGCUCAGCGGCCACGGGUGAUAAUAUUGAUAAAGCUCUCGGCAAACUCUUUCAACAAGCUAAAUGUCCAAAGCAUAUGAACCCGGAAUUGCAUAAAAUGUUGCGAAAUGAGUUGUCUGCUGAUGGAGUUCUAGAGCCGAGUGCCUCGUCAUCGAAGAAUGUGUUGCGACGAAUGCGCUCAAAGUUUAGCAAAGACGGAGAAGAGGAGCUGGCUGUCUACACCGACGUAAAUGCUCGACGUCCAUCGUUGCGAACGGAUUUGUUAAUGAAUCGGGCAAAGACUCAAGUUCACAAGCAAACUUCAAACGGUUUCAAGGGUGAUCCAGCGGCCGCGAAUGCUCGCUGUACAAUUAUG